CUCAAUGAAAUUCAAAUAUAUAAAUGAAAGAGAAUAAAGUUUUUCUUACAUCCCAACCAAUAUGGAUCACCACAUGCUCAUUUUCUCUCUUUCCAAGCUCUGCGCUUGCUGAAACAGCUGGUGGGAUAUUAACUACUAAAAAAUGGCAUACUUGUCUAUUCUAUGGCUUUGCUUAAUUCAAACACUAGCAAUACUUGCCAAAACUAAAGCUAAAAUCCCAGCAGUCAUAGUAUUUGGAGACUCAUCUGUUGACUCCGGUAACAACAACUUCAUUCCAACGAUUGCUCGCAGCAAUUUCGAGCCUUAUGGUCGAGAUUUCCUAGGAGGACGUCCAACCGGACGUUUCUCAAAUGGUCGUAUUCCUCCUGACUUUAUCUCUGAGGGUUUUGGUCUAAAGCCAACAAUACCAGCCUAUUUAGAUCCAACGUAUAAGAUAUCAGAUUUUGCUUCUGGUGUUUGCUUUGCUUCCGCAGGAACUGGGUAUGAUAAUGCCACUUCUGAUGUCCUGGGUGUGAUUCCUCUCUGGAAAGAAGUGGAAUACUAUAAGGAAUACCAAAAAAAGUUGAAAGCCUAUAUUGGUCACGAAAAGGCAAACAAAAUUAUAAGUGAGGCUUUAUAUUUGAUUAGCAUAGGAACAAAUGAUUUCCUCGAAAACUAUUACACGUUGCCCGAACGACAAUCCCAAUUCACGGUGACAGAGUACGAGGAUUUUCUUAUUGGAUUGGCUGGGAAUUUUGUCAAAGAUUUGUAUGAUUUAGGGGCUAGGAAGAUGUCCCUAACAGGUGUUCCUCCAAUGGGUUGUUUACCACUGGAGAGGACAACAAAUAUCUUAGAAGAACAUGCUUGUAUGGAGCAAUACAACAAUGUGGCUUUGGAGUUCAAUGGAAAAUUGAAAAGUUUGGUCGCAAAGCUUAACAGAGAACUUCAAGGACUUCAAGUGGUUUUUGCAGAUGCAUAUGAUCUUUUGUUACAAAUAAUAACAAAACCUUCUUCAUUUGGGUUCGAGGAGGUAAGAAUAGGAUGCUGUGGGACAGGAAGAUUUGAGAUGGGCUUUCUGGGAUGCCUUAAAGACAAUCCAUUUACAUGCCCUGAUGCAAAUAGAUACGUAUUCUGGGAUUCUUUCCAUCCUUCUGAAAAAACAAAUUAUAUAAUCUCAGAUCAUUUGCUUAAAACAUGCCUAGCCAAGUUUCUUUAAACGAUAAUAAUUAUUCUGGAAAUAGUGUGCCAUGUCUUUAUGUUGAUACUUUUACACACCACAAUGAGAGAACUAUAUAUGAGUUUGUUAAUGGAAUGAAGUUUCAUUGGAAUUUGAGUAAUCCCUGGAUUUGGAUUCGUUUUGUAAACAAAACUAACUCAUGAAUCAUGAUUAUCUAUAUUUUGCAUCUGGGUUCAGUGAGAAUUAUGGACUGCUCUACGUCUAGAAGUGUGUUUAGCAAGGCAAAAAAUGAUCUAUACAGGACGCGUCUUUGAUGGUAAAGAAGAAUAAAAAUAUGUCUAAAAGCUUGUCAUGGGAAACAUUAGAGUUGUGUUGGGAGUCCCCCAUGAUUUCCUCAGGGCUGUAAUGGGACCAUGAGAGACUAUUUCCUUGUUUUUUCGCUUUGUUAUUCUUCUGGGUAUUGAUCGGUCUGUUUUAGCUUAAUUUUGGAGGUGUUCAAAAUUGUAACCUGUGCAAUGAAACUAACCAAUUUGAUUGGAAUGAUCCAAUGCAAUUGGAUUGUAUUAGAUAUUUUCAAAAUCCAGUUGGAUUAGUUUUACAUUUCCCAAAACAACCAAUCCAUAAUAAAUUUAUUAGUUAUUUGCAGCA